GAGGAGACUCCUGUUCCCACCACCAACACGUCCCGUCCGCUUCGCUCCCAGUCGGGUUGGCUCGGGUCAAGGCUCCGAAGCGCCUCCUUCCUUCCUUUUUUCCUUCCUUCCAGCUCGGGAUCGUCUGUAACCUGCACGCCGGGCCGGCAUGGCGACUCCUCUCACCGACCAGGAGAAGCGGAAGCAGAUCAGCAUCAGGGGCAUCGUGGGAGUGGAGAACGUGGCCGAGCUGAAGAAGGGCUUCAACCGCCACCUGCACUUCACCCUGGUCAAAGACAGGAACAUCGCGACCCCCAGGGACUACUACUGCGCCCUGGCCCACACCGUCCGGGACCACCUGGUGGGCAGAUGGAUCAGGACGCAGCAGUUUUACUACGAGACAGACCCGAAGAGGGUCUAUUAUCUGUCCCUGGAGUUCUACAUGGGCAGGACGCUGCAGAACACCAUGAUCAACUUGGGCCUGCAGAACGCGUGCGAUGAGGCCAUCUACCAGCUCGGCCUGGACAUGGAGGAGCUGGAGGAGGUGGAGGAGGACGCGGGUCUGGGCAACGGAGGCCUGGGCAGACUGGCGGCAUGUUUCUUGGAUUCCAUGGCGACCCUGGGACUCGCAGCUUACGGUUAUGGCAUCAGAUAUGAAUACGGCAUCUUUAAUCAGAAGAUCAGAGAUGGUUGGCAGGUGGAGGAGGCAGACGAUUGGCUGAGGCAUGGAAACCCCUGGGAGAAGGCUCGCCCCGAGUACAUGCUGCCUGUCCACUUCUACGGACGAGUGGAGGAGACGAGAGACGGGCCCAAGUGGGUCGACACUCAGGUUGUUUUAGCAAUGCCUUACGACACACCCAUUCCUGGCUACAUGAACAACACUGUGAAUACGAUGAGGCUGUGGUCGGCCCGUGCGCCCAACGACUUCAACUUGAAAGACUUUAAUGUGGGCGAUUACAUACAGGCCGUUCUGGACAGGAAUCUGGCGGAGAACAUCUCCCGAGUCCUCUAUCCAAACGAUAAUUUCUUUGAAGGAAAGGAGCUCCGUCUGAAGCAGGAGUACUUUGUCGUGGCAGCCACACUCCAAGACAUCAUCCGCCGCUUCAAGACCACCAAGAAGGGCGUACCGAGCCGCAUCUCCUUCGAUACCUUCCCAGACAAAGUCGCUAUUCAGCUGAACGACACCCAUCCUGCCAUGGCCAUCCCCGAACUGAUGAGGAUCUUUGUAGACAUUGAGAAACUCGACUGGGAAACGGCCUGGGACCUCACCAGGCGCACGUUUGCCUACACCAACCACACCAUCCUGCCUGAGGCUCUGGAGCGCUGGCAUGUGGAGCUGCUGGAGAAACUGCUGCCCAGACACCUGCAGAUCAUCUACCAGAUCAAUCAGGCUCACCUAGACAAAAUUGCCACUCUCUUCCCGAACGACAUCGACAAACUGCGGAAGAUGUCUCUGAUUGAAGAGGACGGCUGCAAGAGGGUGAACAUGGCCCAUCUGUGUAUCGUGGGCUCUCACGCCGUCAAUGGAGUCGCUCAGAUCCACUCCAACAUCAUCAAAACCGAAGUGUUUAAAGACUUCAGUGACCUUGAACCCGGCAAGUUUCAGAAUAAAACCAACGGCAUCACUCCCAGACGCUGGCUGCUCCUCUGCAACCCUGGACUGGCUGAACUCAUCGCUGAGGUCGUAGGGGAGGACUAUGUGAAGGACCUGAGCCAGCUGAAGAAGCUGAAUGACUUCGUUAACGACUUGGCCUUCGUCCGAGACAUUGCUAAAAUCAAACAGGACAACAAACUGAAGUUCGCCCAGUUCCUGGAGAAGGAGUACCGGGUGAAGAUCAACCCUUCCUCCAUGUUCGACGUCCACGUCAAGAGGAUCCACGAGUACAAGCGGCAGCUGCUCAACUGCCUGCACAUCAUCGCCUUGUACAACCGCAUCAGGAAGAACCCCAACGCGCCUUUCGUACCGCGAACGGUGAUCAUCGGUGGGAAGGCCGCACCGGGGUACCACAUGGCAAAAAAGAUCAUCAAGCUCAUCACCUCGGUGGCUGACGUGGUGAACAACGAUCCCGUGGUUGGAAACAAGCUGAAAGUCAUCUUCCUGGAGAACUACAGAGUUUCUCUUGCGGAGAAAGUGAUUCCCGCCACAGAUCUGUCAGAGCAAAUCUCCACUGCUGGCACCGAGGCUUCGGGGACGGGCAACAUGAAGUUCAUGCUGAACGGCGCGCUGACCAUCGGCACCAUGGACGGAGCCAACGUGGAGAUGGCCGAGGAGGCGGGCGAGGAAAACCUCUUCAUCUUCGGCAUGAGGGUGGAGGAUGUGGCCGAGAUGGACAAAGAGGGGUACGAUGCCAUGACGUACUACGAGAAGAUCCCCGAGCUGAAACAAGUGAUGGAUCAGAUUGCAAGCGGUUUUUUCAGCCCCAAGAAUCCAGAGCUUUUCAAGGACCUCACCGACAUGCUCUUCAAAUACGACCGAUUCAAAGUCUUUGCAGACUUUGAAGACUAUUUGAAAACCCAAGAAAAAGUCAGCAAACUCUAUCAGGAUUCAGUGGAGUGGACGAAGAUGGUGAUCAAGAACAUUGCGGCGACUGGGAAGUUCUCGAGCGACAGAACAAUCACAGAGUACGCCACCGAGGUGUGGGGGGUGGAGCCGACCGACCUGAAGAUCCCGCCUCCCAGCGAGCCACGGGAGGCCAUCGAGGAAACCGUCAGGGCUCUGAAGAAAAUGUGAAAAUGCUCCUCAUCUUCUGGGCUGCCUUUUGCUUUUACAGAACAGAGCCUUUAUGCAACGCAUUAAGUUUUUUUUUUCUUCUUCUUCUUCGGUGCUAGUAGAAACGCACAUUCCAAGUCAAAGCACUGUUACAUUUCUUGAGCGCCAACGCAUUGGCCACUGUGAAAGCCCAGAUUACUUAAUCUGGGUUUAUUCUCCGAGGGGUGGAACAGCUCUGAGAAAUCGCCUCAAUUCUGAUGUUCCUGUGGAUCAGAGACGGUUGCAGGAUCCAGGAAGUUAGAUGGGUAUCAGGAACGCAGCAGUUAAAAGUUUUUUUUUUCUUUUUACAUUUGUUUUAGUUUGUGGCCUGUCCUGAUAGAGAAACCCUGUUUAUAAUCAAAAGAUGCUUUUGGAAAAAGGAGUUAAGAAAACACACACAAAACAAAUUUUCUUGUGUUCUGUCUAUAAUAAAAUUAAACCCAAAACUUCA